UCUCGGCCCCCUAAAAAUCCCGGCAGUCUCCUAAAGAACAAAAAAAUCCCAUCUUUUCCACACUUCUCCACGAGUCUCGAGCUCGAAGCCGUCGCCAUGGCUCUCCUCGUGGGGAAGACCUCCUCCGGGCGCGAGUACAAGGUGAAGGACCUCUCCCAGGCCGACUUCGGCCGGCUCGAGAUCGAGCUCGCGGAGGUGGAGAUGCCCGGCCUCAUGGCCUGCCGCUCCGAGUUCGGUCCCUCCCAGCCCUUGAAGGGUGCCCGCAUCUCCGGCUCCCUCCACAUGACUAUCCAGACCGCCGUCCUCAUCGAGACCCUCACCGCCCUCGGCGCCGAGGUCCGUUGGUGCUCCUGCAACAUCUUCUCCACCCAGGACCACGCCGCCGCCGCCAUCGCCCGGGACUCUGUCGCCGUCUUUGCCUGGAAGGGCGAGACCCUCCAGGAGUACUGGUGGUGCACCGAGCGCUGCCUCGACUGGGGCCCCGCAGGCGGGCCGGACCUCAUCGUCGACGACGGUGGCGACGCCACCCUCCUCAUCCACGAGGGGGUCAAGGCCGAGGAGGAGUACGAGAAGACCGGCAAGAUGCCCGACCCGGCCUCCACCGACAAUGCCGAGUUCCAGAUCGUGCUUGGGCUCAUCAGGGACAGCCUCAAGGUGGAUCCCAAGAAGUACACCAAGAUGAAGGAGAGGCUCGUCGGCGUCUCCGAGGAGACCACCACCGGGGUCAAGCGGCUGUACCAGAUGCAGGCCAAUGGGACCCUCCUCUUCCCCGCCAUCAAUGUCAACGACUCCGUCACCAAGAGCAAGUUCGAUAACUUGUAUGGAUGUCGCCACUCUCUCCCUGAUGGGCUCAUGAGAGCCACCGACGUGAUGAUUGCCGGCAAGGUCGCGGUGGUGUGUGGAUAUGGAGAUGUGGGCAAGGGCUGCGCCGCUGCCCUCAAGCAGGCUGGAGCCCGUGUGAUCGUCACCGAGAUUGAUCCCAUCUGUGCCCUCCAGGCCCUGAUGGAGGGCAUCCCUGUCCUCACCUUGGAGGAUGUCGUCUCUGAAGCUGAUAUCUUUGUGACCACCACGGGGAACAAGGAUAUCAUCAUGGUGGACCACAUGAGGAAGAUGAAGAACAAUGCCAUUGUCUGCAACAUUGGUCACUUCGACAAUGAGAUUGACAUGCAUGGGCUGGAGACCUAUCCAGGAGUUAAGCGCAUUACCAUCAAGCCCCAGACAGAUCGCUGGGUCUUCCCAGAGACCAACACCGGAAUCAUUGUCCUCGCCGAGGGGCGUCUCAUGAACCUUGGAUGUGCCACCGGCCACCCAAGCUUUGUCAUGUCCUGCUCCUUCACCAAUCAGGUGAUAGCUCAGUUGGAGCUGUGGAAGGAGAAGUCCAGCGGCAAGUAUGAGAAGAAGGUGUAUGUGUUGCCCAAGCACUUGGAUGAGAAGGUCGCGGCCCUCCAUCUGGGCAAGCUGGGAGCCAAGCUCACCAAGCUCACUCCAUCCCAGGCUGAGUACAUCAGUGUUCCAACUGAGGGCCCCUACAAGCCCCCUCACUACAGGUACUAGGCUUCAGGUGAGGGUAAAAUGAAGGCAGCAGCAACACCUCCAAGUCAAGGUGUGGAGGAAUGAAAGUUGUUGGCCCUUUAAUUUUUGUUUUUGGUUUUGCUACCUCUGAAUUUGCCCUUUCUUUAAUCCUUAGGCUGUUUUUAUUGCUUAUCGACUUUGGUGAUGAUCGAUGUUGAAGGCAGGAUUUUAAUGAUCAAUGAAUGGUGAUCAUGAAUUUUUGCUUGUCUUUGCUA